AUGCCCCUCCACCACCUCCCCAGGCCAAAGUUCCUCAAGGGCAUCCCCUCCAACAGCAUCCGCAUCAUCACCAUCCUCAUCGCCGUAAACGCCCUCGUCUGGAUCGCCUCCGCCAUUGUCCUGCACUUCCACCCGGCCCUCAUCUCGCCCGCGGCGCUCUCGUACGCCCUCGGCCUGCGCCAUGCCCUGGACGCGGACCACAUCUCGGCCAUUGACCUCAUGACGAGGCGGCUCAUCGCAUCCGGACAGCGGCCUGCCACCGUGGGGACCUUUUUCUCGCUCGGCCACAGCACCAUUGUCAUCAUCACAUGCAUUGUCGUGGCGGCGACGAGCGGGGCGCUGAGGGACCGCUUUGACGGGUUCCAGAGGGUGGGCAACAUCAUCGGGACGAGCGUCAGCGCGGCGGUGCUCAUCAUCCUGUGCCUGGGGAACGGCUGGGUGCUGUACAAGCUGGUGAGGCGGCUGAAGGAGGUUCUCGCGCAGCGGAGACGCUUUAGUGAGGAGCAGGACGUGGAUGGCGAGGUGGACGCUGCUGGGGCUGCUGCUGCGGCGCAUGCGAAUGACCAGCUGCAGCUUGAGGGGGGCGGGUUUCUGAUUAGAGCUCUGAGAGUCAUGUUCAAGACAAUUGACCGGCCGUGGAAGAUGUAUCCGCUGGGCGUGGUGUUUGGGCUGGGGUUCGACACGAGCUCUGAGAUUGCGGUGCUGGGGAUUGCGAGCAUUCAGGCGGUUCAGGGGACGAGUAUCUGGCUGAUUCUGAUUUUCCCCAUUUUGUUUACAGCGGGCAUGUGUCUUGUGGACAGCACCGACGGCGCGCUGAUGAUGGCCUUGUACACGUCCAAGGCCUUUUCACGAGACAUUGUUGCCAUAUUGUACUAUUCGAUUGUCCUCACUGGCAUUACGGUGGUUGUCUCUGCCUUUAUUGGCAUCAUCCAGGUCCUGUCGCUGGUGCAGAACGUCGCGGAUCCGACGGGCAGCUUCUGGGACGGCGUGUCUGCUGUCGGUGACCACUUCGACAUCAUUGGAGCGAGCAUAUGCGGGGUUUUUGUCAUUGUUGGGAUCGGGUCUGUUGUGGUGUACGGGCCGUGGAGGAGGCGGAUGGAGAGGAGGAGUAUGAGGGCUGUUGUGGUGGAAGAGGAGCGUGAAGAUGGGGGAGACGAGGUUGAGCGGGAGGAGCUGCCGCCGGGUUUGGAGCAGCGGGAGGGCUCAAAGAUGGCGAGCACGCAGGUUGCAGUUGUUUAG